ACACGCACCCACACAGAACUGCUGAUACUGCUGCUGCUGUCUGCAUCACCCUUCUUGUUAUUUGUGAGUUCAGGAGGAAGUGUUGUAGUUGUUGUAGUAGUGGUGGUUGAUUCCUCCUCAUUGGGUGUAUUGGCAGUAUCAAGGAUCGUGUUCGCUGAGGUAUUCGUUGUUGGUUCUGCAUUUUCUCCAUUCUCGGUGUUAUUUUAUGACUCACUCCCUGCCGCUGGAGUGUCAUUCCCGGUCGUUGUGGUUAUUGAUCCUCCAUUAGCUGGUGUGGCUGAAGUACUGGGUGAAGGUUCAGUUCUACUGCUGUCAGAUGAUGUAUCUGCGGAUUGUGUAUUGGGUGACGUAGAAGAGGAUGUAGAUGGUGUGAGACGAUCUUCUUGA